AAUUAGGGGUGAGGGUGUUUGCACUCUGCACACCGUUCAUACUUGAAACCUCCAUAGUAACCAAAUUGAACUGAGGAAGAUGGAGCGUGAGGCCACCGACUCACGAAAGCAAGCGAGGUUGGCCAUUCUCGAAUUGGCCAACAUGAUAAGCGUUCCCAUGUCCCUAAACGCCGUCGUUCGCCUCAACGUCGCCGACGCCAUCUGGCAAGGUGGCUCCAACACCCCCCUCUCCGCCGCCCAGAUCCUCGCUCGUGUUCUCCCCGCCGGCGGCGACGCCGAGAACCUCCAGCGCGUGCUCCGCAUGCUUUCCAGCUAUGGCGUCUUCGAGGAGCACGUCGCCGGCGGCGAACGGAAGUACUCUCUCACCGAGGUUGGCAAAACGCUCGUCACCGAUGAGCAAGGCCUGUCCUACGCGCCUUACGUGCUCCAACACCACCAGGAUGCGUUGGUGCGAGCGUGGCCAUUGGUACACGAGGCAGUGGUGGACCCCACAAAAGAGCCCUUUGAGAGGGCCAACGGAGAGGCAGCGUAUGGGUACUACCUGAAGCAACCAGAGAUGAACGAGCUUAUGCUUAAGGCCAUGUCAGGGGUGUCAGUGCCCUUCAUGAGGGCCAUGUUAGAGGGCUACCACGGCUUCAAUGGCGUGCAUAAGCUCGUCGACGUCGGUGGUAGUGGCGGCGACUGCCUCCGUAUGAUCCUCCAGAAAUACCCCUCCAUUAAGGAAGGGAUCAACUUUGAUCUCCCAGAAGUAGUUGCCAAAGCACCACAAAUUCCGGGGGUAACCCAUGUGGGUGGUGACAUGUUCAAUUAUAUUCCCCAAGCCGAUGCAAUCUUCAUGAAGUGGGUGCUUACAACAUGGACAGAUGAGGAAUGCAAGCAUAUAAUGCAGAACUGUCACAAGGCACUCCCAAAAGGAGGCAAGUUAAUUGCUUGUGAGCCAGUGCUGCCAGAGCAUUCAGAUGAAAGUCACAGAACCAGGGCAUUGCUUCAAGGUGACAUAUUUGUGAUGACAAUCUACAGAGCCAAAGGAAAACACAGAACUGAAGAACAGUUCAGGCAACUAGCCAUUUCUGCAGGUUUCCCUCAUUUCAGAGCCUUCCAUGUUGAUCAUUUCUACACUGUCCUUGAGUUUCAGAAAUGAAUGCAAUUGCUUUGCUAUGUUUCCAUGGUUUUUUUUUUAAGGCAGAAUUAUGUGGUUAGUGUUAUUGUGAUAUUGUUUUUGUCUACGGAAACCAUGAUGUUGGAACAAAAUUGUCAGGAGCAGUGGGACACUUUUUUUAGAUAUUAAUAAUUGUUGCUUAGAAAUUCGCCUGAGAUAGCAGACAGAAUAGUACAGCACCCACUUAGGUCCUAUUAUGUCUCUCAAAUAAGAUAAUCUUACCUUUGCAAAAUAAACAUAGAAAAGCAAGAGUUGUACCAAGAUAUAGAAUUCAUGUCCAUACAUAAUAAUAAUAAUAAUAAUAAUAAUAAUCAACCUUU